AUGGAUAGGUACCAGAGAGUGGAGAAGCCAAAAGCAGAGAUUCCAAUAAUCGAAAACGAAAUCAGGAUAACCACACAAGGCAGAAUAAGGAAUUAUAUUACUUAUGCUACUACUCUACUCUUAGAGAAAGGGUCCAAUGAAAUAGUUCUUAAAGCAAUGGGAAGAGCUAUUAAUAAGACUGUGAUGAUUGCAGAGCUAAUCAAGAGGAGAGUUGCUGAUCUUCAUCAAAUUACUUCUAUUGGUUCGACUGAUAUUACAGAUAUGUGGGAACCUCUAGAAGAAGGCUUGCUUCCUCUAGAGAUUACCCGUCAUGUAUCGAUGAUCACUGUUACGUUAUCGAAGAAGGAGCUGGAUAUGUCUUCCACCGGAUAUCAACCUCCUCUUCAGGCUGAUCAAGUGAAACCCUUAAAUGAAUACGAAGAUGAUGGAGCUCCUGAGCCUCCACCAAAGGCACGAGGAAGAGGACGAGGUGGUCGAGGAAGGAUUAGGGCUAAAGGUGACGCACAAGGGGAAUAUAAUGGUGAUGGUUUAGGAGGCAAAGGUCGAGGACGUGGAAGAGGGCGUUCUUUCCGGGGUCGAGGACGAGGCGGUGCCUAUGGUGGUGGAGGAUACUAUGGCGUCUAUGCUGAAUCAGAUGCAACCCUUACCCAAGUUCGUGGGCGUGGCCGAGAGAGGGGAAGAGGUGGCCGUGGCCGUGGUGGAGGCGGUCGUGGUCGUUAUUCGAAGACGGAACCUGGGCCAAACCAAGCAAAAGCCGCUUGA